AUGGCGGAGCGCCCCUCCCGGCCCGGCCCGGCUCGGGCCGGGGGGAGCCGCGCCCAGCCCCGCCGAGGCGGACCGGAGCGAGCCGAGCGGAGCCGGACCGGACCGGACCGGACCGAGGGGAGCCGAACCGAGGCGGAGCGGAGCGAAGCGAGCAGGGCCGGAUCGGAUCGGAGCGGAUCGGAGCGGUUCGGAGCAGAUCGGCUCAGCUGGGCUCGGAGCCCACGGGGCCGGGCCCGGGUCUCCGCGAUGCGGCGGGGCCGUGCGGUGCUGCCGGGGCCGGGGCCGGUGCUGUUGCUGCUGCUGCUGCUGCUGCUCUGCUCGGUUCCGGGUCGCGGCGAGGAGUGCGGGAGGCGGACGGCGGCGGGGGGGUGCUGCACCCCGUGCCCCCCCGGGUUCGGUGUCUCGGAGCCCUGCGGCCACGCUGACACCCGCUGCCAGCCCUGCGCGCACAACCGGACCUUCUCUGCGGUGAGCAGCGCGGAGGAGCCCUGCCUGCCCUGCACCCCCUGCCCGCUGCCCCCCGCGAGGCCCUGCACCCCUGCCCGCGACACCCUCUGCACCCAUGAGGAGCUGGUGACGGGGGACCCCUCGCCUGCCACCCCUGAGCUUGUGUUGCCACCACCGGAGGGCAGCGGCGAGGACAUCAUCCCCGUGUACUGCUCCCUCCUGGCCGCCGUCGUGGUGGGGCUCCUGGCUUACGUGGCCUUCAAGUGCUGGCGCACAUGCAGGCAGAAGCAGGCGCUGGCCAAGGCGCGGGCAGGGGACAUGGGGACAUGUCCCGAGGGGGAGAAGCUGCACAGCGACAGCGGGGUCUUCCUCGACACCCACAGCCUGCAGGAGCCCCACCAGCCCGGCAAGGCCCCCUACCCCGAGGGGCACCCAUUCAGCACAGUGCCACCGCAGCGCCAGGAGGAGCUGGAGCGGCUGCUGGAGAGCGGGGGUCCCGGUGGGGACUGGCGCAGCCUGGCCGCACACCUGGGCUUCGGCCCCGAAGCCAUCGGCACCUUCGGCCGGGGCCGGGCGCCCACCCGCACCCUGCUCAGCGCCUGGGCCAGCACCGAGGGGGCCACGCUGGAGGCCCUGUGCCAGGCGCUGGGUGCCAUCGGGCGGCAGGAUGCGGCGCGGCACUUGGCUGGACCCGGGGAUGCCACCUCUGCUGUGUGACCAAGGACACCGGGGCACCGGCGGCUCCUCCUGCCAGAGCUCUUUGGGGUUUUCUAUGACUGGGUUUUGUACUUUUCUAGGGGUGUUGGGGGCGGGAUGGGGACAGGGAUGUGAUUU